AGGAGAAGUUCCCAAUCAAACUGGAUAAAAGGAGUACCACCCCAAGAACCCUUUAAUUUAAACUGGAGAAGAGUUUUCCCCAAAAAUCUGCCCAUGGCCACGGCUGAAGCCACUUCCACAGCCAUAUCCAUUUGCAACCCCACAAAGUAUUUCAAGAAUACAAACUCCGACCACAACGAAAACGAUCACGAGUCCAUGUUACUCCUUCCAGGCUUGCCAAACCACCUUGCCCAGCUCUGCCUCUCGUCCCUCCACCCUUCACUCCUCCACGCCGUGUGCCGCUCGUGGCGCCGCCUCAUCUACUCUCCUUCUUUCCCUCCUUUCUUCUCUCUCUACGCCCUUCUCUCCCCCACAAUCCACCACCACCAGCAGUACUCUAAAUCUAUUGAGUUCUUUUCUCUAGACCCUGUCUCGUCGGCAUGGCGGAGGCUGCCGGGCCCUCCACCACCUCUCUGCCUCCUCCACCGCCAUCCGUCAUUCAUAUCCCGGACCCUCCCGAUCCAAUCCCUGACGGUUGCUGGCCGACUCGUCCUUAUUGCCGCCACUGACGACCAGUUCCUGCCGGCUCUGUCUAGCCCAUUGGUCUUCGACCCUCUGUCCAAUUCGUAUCACUGGUUCUACGGCCCACCACUGCCCACCCCACGCAGGUGGUGCGCUGCCGGCUCAAUGGGAAGCGCAAUCUACGUGGCAAGUGGGAUCGGGUCCCACUACCAGAGUGAGGUGGCGCGGUCUAUGGAGAAAUGGGACAUGAACAAGAAGGAUAGAGAGUGGAAAUGGGAAAAGAUGGCGCCGCUUAAAGACAGUAGCUUUAGUAGAGAAGAUGUGCAAGCCAUAGGAUAUAGAGGGAAGCUCUGCAUGGUGAAUGUGAAGGGCAAAAGCGUCAAACAAGGCAGCGUCUACGACGUAGCAAAAGACCAGUGGGAGCACAUGCCUGAGGGAAUGCUGGCAGGGUGGAGUGGAGCGGUGGCGGCCACCGUGGAUGGAGAGGAUGAGAUGUUUGUCGUGGACGAGGAAAGGGGUGAACUGAGGAGGUAUGACGCUGAUAACGAUACGUGGGAAGUGGUGUUGGAGGAGUCAGUGCUGUUGAAAGGGGCUGAGCACAUAGUGGCUGGAAGGGGGAGGGUUUGCGUGGUUUGUGGUGGCGGUGGGAGGAUUGUGGUGGUGGAUGUGGCGGUGAGACCACCGAGAACUUGGGUUGUAAAUCCGCCGCCGGAGAUGGAACUGGUUGGGGUUCAUAUAUUACCUAGGGUGAGCCUGUCGGAAUAGAGAUACAUACACCUGUACAUACAGAGUGUAUGUACAUAGUGAAUCAACAGUAAAUUUUAUGAAAAGACACGGAUACGGAUUUGGACACUUUUGCAACUUUUGAUGCAUAUAAAUCCAACUUCUUACACUUUUG